UCUUGAAAAAAAUACUUCUGCUUUUGGCGAGAGCCUGUUAUUUGCCUGGACCUAAAAUUGCCCAACUGGCCAAGUUAGGCAUUUAGUGAUAUACUGAGCGAAUUGCGUCUGUGAUCGACUUGCUGUGCGUGUUCUGGACGGAAACUAAUUUGACAACUUCAAGGAUUUGUAUGACGGUGUACGUUAACGUUACUGUGAGCGAUGUUUUGAUGGGGUCUACUGACAAAAGAAGAAGAACAUUACAUCCUUACAAAUAUCAAGAAUAGAACGUUUCUAGAAGUAGCUGGCUACGUUUUGGACACCGCCAUGGCCCUGGGUAAGCCCAGCAGUCCGGACACAGUUCAAGCACGGAUUUGUCUGAAGAAGACUUUGACAGACUUUCGUAGAAAUUGAGCGACAUCCUGGUUGACCUCGGAGGGGACCGAGGCAAGAUUUCAGACAGACUCAACUCGAGCAUCGACCCAGCACAGGAAGCUGAGUACUUCACCCUGCUGGAGCAACUGUACAAGGACGACAUGGAGGUCAAAGAUCUGACCCAAGGAGUGAGUCAAAGACAGAUGAAACGUUUGGUAGAGGAAGUCCACGAUAACCAGAGGGCAGGGACGACCUCCAAAGUACAAAAAUGUGCAGACACAAGUCACAGCGCAGAACGGAUGCGACAAGAAACUAUAGAAGACUUGAUUAGAAACAACUACACUCUUCUGAGGAAGAGACUACAAGUUGAGAAACUGAUUCCCCACUUCAUCGUGAGGCGACUGCUGGACUUCCCCGAAGACAAGCAGGUCACCAUGAGCAAAACAACCACGCCAGACAAGGCCGAGGCUCUACUGGAGCUCCUGACCCAGAAGGGCACGUGCACACCCGAGGAGUUUGUGGAGAUUUUGAAGAAAGGGGACCACCGGCAUGUUGCAGAUCAGCUGAAAAGAACGAGUACGGAGAGUAAAACUACAAAAAGGCCUUCUGACGUAGCUGAUGACGUCAUCGCCUGCCUGAAGGACCUGUACGCUACAGAGUAUGCGCAUGUGCGGCCUCUACCGUGGUGCGAAGACCUCAACCUGCAUCUUGGAGAAGUCUACACCAACCUGCAGCUCCAGCGAAGGGACGACAGGGGUCACUUCCAAGAGACAGACACUAUCGUAAGCUUGGCAGAUAUUUACAAUACAAGGGCGGAUGAAGGUAGCCAAGGUAACGUGAGGUCAGGUGUCAGAAAGAUACGAGUAGAGGGGGACCCUGGUAUUGGGAAGUCGUGCUCUUGUCAGAAACUUGCCUAUGAUUGGUCCUGUGGGAAACUGGACAGGUUUAAAGUUGUGUUCUUUCUGGAAAUGCGGCACUUGACCGGGAAGGUAAAAGAUGAAAUAUUUGAGCAGCUUCUACCAAAAGAUACAAAGACCACCCCAGGCCAGCUCUGGUCCUACAUCCAAGAGAACCAGGAUGAUGUUCUCUUCAUCCUAGACGGUCUAGAUGAGCUCAGUCAGACAGCUAGGGAAGUCACAGAUGUGGUGGACUUGAUUCAGGGUAAAAUCCUCAGGAACUGUCAUGUUCUGGCGACCUCCAGGCCAUACCAGUGUGUCAAAGAUCUAGAGAAAUGUCACCAAUUCUACAAAAUUGUGGGCUACAGUGAGGAAAAUUCAAAGGAGUUCAUACACAAAUACUUUUGUGAGUCCCCAGAGUCUGCCUCAAAACUUAUUAAGCAACUUCAAAGUAACAGUAGUUUGUUAAGAAUAGUAAUCAACCCCCUCAAUAAUGUGCUUAUUUGUGUUGUGUGGGAGGAAAACAACAAAGAAAUGCCCUCUAGCAAGGAUGAACUAUACGAAAUGAUUGUUCAUUCAGUUGCGAAGAGAUUCUGUACGAAGACAAACAUUACAAUGGAAGGUGACAAACGUCCCCCUGUUAUAGAAGAAGCCUUGAAAGAUCUAGAAAAACUGUCCUGGGAGGGACUGGAGCAGGAACAGCUCCAGUUUAAAAUAGAUGAGAUCGCAAAGAAGUAUGGCACAACUGCCGAUAACAUGUUGAACAUGGGCCUGCUGACUAGAGAUUACUCUUUCUCCAGAAUCAAACGCACCUGCUACUGCGCCUUUCUGCACAAAACGUUUCAGGAAUACUUGGCCGCCCGCUACAUCAGUGGCCUGAUCAUUGAUAGAAGUAGCAGAGAAGAGGGGAUGAAAUGUGUUUGUCGCUUGUUUGGUAUGUCAGAUGCUGCUGUUGUGAACAGUAAACUGAUUGUAACUUGCUAUCGUGAGUAUAGGGAGGUACAAAACUGGUUACUUCUGAUCCUGGGUGAGAAUUCACGCCCACUGUUUGAAAAGUUUGCAGAGGAACUAAGCAAAGCUCAAACUGAUGAGGACAGGGAACUUUUGUCAUCUUUGUGCACCAUGUGGCUUGGGACAACGUUUGCAGGUGGGAAAAUGGCCGAGAUUGUAGCAACUUGUAUGUCUCAUCACGCAACAAACAAACUAGAUGAUUUUGGAUUCAACGGAGAGGAUUUAAGGUUUUACCCUGAUGAUCGUGCCUAUUGGUGUGUUGGUUUGGCACACGUUCUGACUUGCCAAAAGAAACUGCCCACAAGCCAUGGUACAAGUUUCAUACGGCAUCUCACAAUAGACUGCGAUCUUUUAGAUGCCGCACAAGAGAAGCUUGGUGUGUUAGAAAAUGCCUUAUCAGAUUAUGACGCAAUGCGUUCUGUAACAUUACUUGGGAUUGAGAAUGUUGACCCUUGCUCUCUAUUGCGCACAUACAUACCAAGGUGUGGAACAGAGAGUGUGAUCAUACGCAGCAAGGGUGGUGUUAUGACUUUGUUAUUGUUAAGUAUGUUAGAACAAUUGUUGUCAGUACCAAGGAUAGAACAUGUCAAUGCACAUGUACAGUCUACGUGGGUCAUGAAUAUUGGUAAUAAUCUUGGAGAGCGAGACAUAGGAUUCUCAUUUGACAGGUUGUUGGCCCGUCUGGUUGAAAGUCACACUUGUCUCAGGUCCUUAAAGCUAGGGAUAAGUUCUUGUAUGGCGCUGCUGUGUACGGACUCAGGAGCCAAGAUAUUCAGUAAUCUAACAGAGACCCUACAGAGCAUCUCAGAACAUACACGACUCGAGGUCGUUGAGUUCGAGCUUCCUGGGAACGAGAACCAACAUGAGACAUUUGAUGCGGGGCCAAUGGUGCACACGCUCACAGAAUGUGUAAAGAAAAACCAGGUGCUGAAGACACUGAGGCUUUGGUGGGGAAGCGAAUUCGAUCUGUUCACACCAUUUAAUAUAUACCAUGGAGAUUGCAGCGAUGAGUCCCUCUCCAGCCUGUGUUCAGCGAUCCGGGAAAACCGAACUCUGGAGACGCUGGUGGUUGAGGGACUAUUUUUUCACUCAGAGUGCAGGGCAGAGAUGAUUUCUGAUCUGGUACGUAAUAAGCCUAGCAACUACAAGGAACUCAGUAUAACUUUGUCUGUAGCUGUUAGCAUUUAUGUUGAUGAUGUUGAAGAUAUCUCUGUUGACGACGAUGAUGAUAUCUCUGACGAUCAUGACACAUCUGAAGGAACUCAGAAUGUCUGCCCAAGCCCAGAGCCUAAUGCAGGGCCCGGUUCUUCAAGCCUGCUAUAGAUAGUUUUAUUCCCUCCACAGAACCCAAAAGUCACUUCUAUUUCUUACAAGAAUGGUGCCCUUAGCAAGGUUGAACAGUUUGAUUGUUAAACCCUGAUAUGCUUUACCGCCAACAAUACAUAAUACAGAUCUUUAUAUUCUAAAACAUUUAGAUUGAUCCAACGAUUAAAUAAAAAAAGUUUUGAUUAGUAGCCACUAGACAACAUUUCAUACUGUACAAUUGGACCAAAUACAAGAUAAACUUAAAUUUCACUUCGGAUAUACAAAAUGCCAUCCUUACGUUCAGUUUCCUGCCUAUGGAGGCCUUCCUAUAUGUAAAGCUAGGAAUUCGAAAAUAUAAUAAUGUUUACUGUAUACUAACAACAGAACCUUUGACAAGAGCACGGCUAUGCACACACCUUUGCGACGUUAUAGUACUAGAAGCCUAUCUUGAAUUGGGUACCAUAUGAAUAUUCAUGUAUGC